CUCAUUUAUUUGAUUCCAUAACAGCCCUACUGGAUGUUUUGGAACUACUAUCACAAUCAUCAUGGGUGACGUCAUCGAACAAACGUCUUCUUUAAUAUUUCAAAACUCGGGUGAUCAAACAACUGGUGAAUUCGACAAAAUUGACGAUGGGUGUUUAGGUUCAAAUUUUCUUGAUUCAGACAGAUUUCAGAGCAGCCAGAAUCGUCCCAUCACAUUUGAGAACGCCGCACGUGAGCGCUCUCGUGUGAAAACGCUGCGAGGGGCGUUCCUGGAGCUACAGCGCACGUUACCGGCGGUACCCCCGGACACGAAACUGUCAAAACUGGACGUGCUUGUUCUAGCCACCACCUACAUCGCCCAUCUGAUGCGGACUCUGAGGGAGGACGAAGACGAGAACCAAAUAUUUGCUGCUAAUGGGAUCAUGCAUCCAGUUAAGAAAUGGCCGAUGAGAUCGCGCCUGUAUGCCGGGAUAUUGUCCAGCACCUUUCCCGCCCAGGGUCAGAGGAGGGCAACAAAUAACAACGCCUGCUCAUCGAUGACGUCCCAGAACAAACAAGCACAUUGGAAAUGUCGAACAAGGCCUAAACAAACUGGUUAUAUGAACCACGAGCCGAUGUAAUGU